GAACAGCGAGCAGCAGCAACAGCACAGUAGGCGCAGUGAAAAUGUAUAAUUUAAUUUAACUUAAUUACAAAUUAGUUGGCCGCGUUAGAUUUCAUUUUUCGUUUUGCCCCACAGCGCCCGGCAGUACGUAGCAAACGCUGAAAAGCAACGCAAGCAGCCACAAAGCGAUUAACGAGUGCUAAAACCGCUAACCCAGAGCACAGAAACACACUCAUACAUACUUUCAUACAGACACACACACACGCUCUCACCGUCGUGAAGAGGAGGUGGUUGAAAACCAAGAAAAAUGCAGCAGCUAAAUUUUAGCCGGGGCCGCCGUGCAACGCGGGCGUUGCUGCUGAUAGCCGCCGCAUUCUGUCUACUGUCCGUUGCCUCAUCAGCCGGCGCCGCUGAGCCUGAGAUCGAUGACUUCGAUGAUGACGGACUAGUGGAAGAUGUUCAGGAGGAGCAAAUCAAUGUCCCCGGCGAGGAGCUGGUCUAUGAGAGUCCAGUGAUCGAACCCAAAAAAUUUCAUUUUGCUGAUCAUUUCGAUGAUGUUGACGCCUCACGCAAACGCUGGGUCAAAUCACAGGCUAAGAAAGACGAUAUUGCCGAGGAAAUAGCCAAAUACGAUGGCAUCUGGAACUGGGAGUCGCCUCUGCGCAUUGUUUGGCCCAAGGAUAAGGGCCUGGUGCUCAAGUCAAAGGCCAAGCACGCAGCCAUUUCGGCGCCACUUAACAAACCGUUCGACUUCAAAUCGAACAAACCGCUGGUGGUGCAAUAUGAGGUCACAAUGCAGGAGGGUCAAGAGUGUGGUGGCUCGUACAUAAAAUUGCUGUCGUCAGGGAAGGAAACCGAAGAUCUUACCAUGUUCAAUGACAAAACACCCUACACCAUCAUGUUUGGACCGGACAAGUGUGGAAACGAUGUGAAAAUGCACUUCAUAUUCCGUCACGUAAAUCCAAUUAACGGCACCAUAACCGAGAAGCACUGUAACAAACCAAAGAACCGUUUGGAGGAGCCCUUUAAGGACAAGCUGCCACAUUUGUACCAGCUGGUUGUGCGACCGGACAACACCUUUGAGAUACGCGUUGAUCACAAGAUCAUUAACGAGGGCUCUCUUCUCACCGAUUUCAAGCCGCCAGUGAAUCCGCCUGCAGAGAUCGACGAUCCCACUGACCAGAAGCCAGCUGAUUGGGAUGAGCGCGAAAAAAUACCCGAUCCAACGGCACAAAAGCCCGAUGAUUGGAAUGACGAUGCAUUGCCACAGAUACCCGAUACCAGCGCCACCAAGCCGAAUGGCUGGUUGGAUGAUGAGCCCGAUAUGAUACCCGAUCCAACUGCCACUAAGCCCGAUGACUGGGACACGGAAAUCGAUGGCGAAUGGGAGGCACCGCUUGUGGAUAAUCCUGCUUGUGAAAAGGCACCGGGUUGCGGUAAAUGGAAGCCACCACUGAUUCCAAACCCAGAAUACAAGGGCAAAUGGCGCGCACCCAUGAUCGAGAAUCCCAACUACCAGGGCAAAUGGGCGCCACGCAAGAUACCCAAUCCAGAUUUCUUCGAGGAUCUUAUGCCGUUCAAAAUGACGCCUAUUAGCGCUGUUGGCCUGGAGUUGUGGUCGAUGUCCAAUGAAAUACUGUUUGAUAAUCUUAUCAUAACGGACGACGUGGAUGUGGCUCGUGAGUUUGCCGCCAGUAGCUUUGACAUCAAGCGUCGCUACAUUGAUCGGGAAUCGGACUCAUUGGUCAACAAGGUAGUUGAGCUAACCAAGGCCUAUCCCACGGCCUGGGCUAUUGGCCUGGUCGUAUUCAUCUCAGUGAUUGUCAUUGGCAUCUACUGUAGAUUUGGCAAAGCUAAGAGUCAGGAUUCGGCGGCCAAUGCUGCUGCUGCUCAGGCUAAAAAGACGGAUGAGCCGCAGCCCGACGAUGAGCAGGAUGGCGCUGCUGAUGGGAACGAGAGCGAAGAGGACGCUGAUGCGGCACCAGCGCUGGCGACUGGUGGCAGCAAGACAGACAUUUCUGCCAGUCCCAAAAAGAUUCAAAAGUCUGAUUUAGAUAAUAAAGAGCAGCUCAACCAGAAAGAUGAGGAGCCCACACAGACUGAGGAAAACACCACGAAAUCUACGCGCAAGCGUACCGUGCGCAAGGAUUAGAGGACGUGGGACAAUCUCGGAUUUACAAUAUUUACUUGAAAACUUAAACUAAUUCCAAAAACAACAACUGCAACCACAGCAAUGGCAGUAACAACAACAACAACAAACAACAGCAUCAUCAGCAGUAGUAAAAACAACACAGCCUGUUUUAGUUUUAAAUUAGCACUCCACUCAUAUUCAUUGAGAACUCGUACAAACACCCACGAAUACAGAGAAUAGGUAGACCUCAAAGACCAGCUAAAACUGUUGUUGGUAACUCGUUCGCCUGCAGCUGUUAAUUAAAUGAACUAGUUUUUAUGUGGUUUGGUUUAGUCAUCUUAUACGUACGGCACGUUCUGUAUUAUUCAUUGUAUUUCUGUUUGUAUACUCUCCAUAUAUACUACAUCCUAUCCCCCAAUACUGUCUCACAUGUCAUGUUCUGUUCUCACUUUCCUAUGUGAAACACACACUAAAAAAAAAACAACAACAAACUAUUACUAGAUAAAUGAGGGAAUCAAAGAUAAAUGAAACCAAUAAGAAUGCAGUCCAAAAGAAACUCCAAAUGCAAAUACAACAUGAGAGAGAGGGAAGCAAAGCAAGUAAAAGAGAGAGAGAGCAAAGGGAAAAUAUCUAGUUUAAUAUUAUGUAAUUUAAACGAAAUUUUAUGAAUACGCUAGUUAUACUCAGAGUUAAAAUAAAUUUCCUUUUUCAUUUAUAAUAAUGAAAAUUUACAGCGAAAAUAAAACUGAAUGUCAAAACCAA